AUGAACUCUCUUCAGGAAACAACCGACUUCGACUAUGGAGCCUUUCUACGCGAGGAUGCCAUGGACUUGGCGCCGCCGUUGGAUCGGUCACCCUCCACGCCGACCGUGGCUGGGUCGCCCGGGGAGAGCUCGUCGAACCCCGGGAGCUCGGAGGUGUCGAGGCGGCCGACCCAGAAGCAGAGGCAUGAGCGGAGGGGACAUACGAAGAGCCGGAGAGGAUGUUUCAAUUGCAAGCGGCGAAGGAUCAAGUGCCAAGAGACGAAGCCUGCUUGCGGGCAUUGCGUAAAGACAGGGUUGAAGUGUGAAUACCCAGCGAUGCCGCAGAUUGUGCACCAGCCUCAUCACCAGAUUCCCCUCUUCAGCUUGCAGGACAUGAGGUUUUUCCAACACUUCCUGCUCAAGUGCUACCCGUCCGUACCCGUGGCCAACGAGAGCCAUGAAUACCUGAUGCACGCGCUUCUCGGCCUCGCAGCCUCCGACCUCAUGCAACAAGACCCCUCCCUCCUCACCUUCGCCAUGGCCCACCGUCUGAAAGCCAUCCGCGCCAUCAAGAAGCGCCUCUCCGAAAUGUCGCGGACCACCGAGGUGCGGCAGGACGAGUCCAACGCCAUGGUGGCCACCUGCUUCGCGCUCACGUUCCAGUCGGUGCAGCUCGACGACGGCAUGGCCGAGUUCAUGGCCUUCGUGCGCGGUAUCCUCAUCGUGUGCAUGCAGAUGUGGAUGAAGGGCGUCAGCCCCAUAUUCACGAACAUGGUCAACGAGGAUGCCGAGAAUCUGCUGGCGCCAUUUAUGCAGGAUUUACCGCUGAUUCAGACGGAGUGGUCCGAUAUGGCGCUUGUGGCGAUUCAGAAUUUGAGGCCGUUGUGUUUUGAUGAGGUGGAGAUUGAGUAUCAUGACUUGUUGCUUGAUUGGGUGCAGAAGUUGUUUACGUCGUCGUUCGAUGCAUACAAAGCCUUACGAAGACACUACGGCUGGUGGAUGAUGCUCCCGCACGACAAGUUCCGGCGCAUCAUCGACCCCUCGAACCAAGUCAUGGUCCUCCUCGCCACGCACUGGAUCGCCCUGAAGCAGAUCAUGGCCUUCAUCACCGAGGUCGAGGAGAUGGCACGCGCGACGCGGCCUGCCGGCGGCGGCAAGCAGGACGCCAUCGACCCGGGCCUGUCGCGGUGGCUCAAGUAUCUGAAUCGACAGGUAGACUUUGAGCAUCGGUUGUAUAAUACGUGGCCGAUGUGGGUGGAGGAGCAGUUGGAUCGGGAUAUUACUUUCUUUGGGAAGACGAGGUAG